CCACGUUCGUCUUCUUCUCCUUUGUGGUCUGUACUCUGUAGAAGCAGAAGCGAAUGGGACAAGGUGAAGAGUCCAAGGCAGAUCCUGAAGCCCCAGUGGAGAUUCAGGAAAGAGGAGAGAUAUUCUUCUUUUACAGGCCAAAAGUAGGGAAGGAGGAAGCCCAUGGAGCAGAGGAGGUGCAGCAUCUCUACAUUGUGCUGAGGCCAGAGUCUGGGGAGAGGCCUGUCGAGGAAAAGCAGCACCCUGCUUCUGGAAAAGAGGGUGCAAAGAAGAAGAAGACGACAAAGAAGAAAGAUGGUGAGACUUCCGAGUCUUCUGAUUCUGCUGCAAGUGAAGGUGGGCAUGGAAGUGAGAAAGUGAACAUAGAGCAUCAAACCUUGCUGCGGUUCAUAGUUAUGGGGCGGAAGAGCCUUCCUCCUCCCACCCAAAGAGGCCGCCCCUUCUGGGGCUAUGUGGAGAUGGUUACCACAAAGAUUGAAGACGUCAAGGCUUCUCUUCAAGGAGAAGAAUACGACACUUCAACAAGAGGGCGCAGGCACAAGCCGCCCGCCCGAGCGCUGGGAGAAGGCGUAUACCGCAUAUUAAGGCACAACCCCGGCAGAAGGAUGCACACCCACUUGAUAUACAAGCUCGAAUUCCCACCGGAAGGCGAGAGCGGCGACCCCCAAGAGACCUUCAACAUUAAGCGUGAAGGCUCAUUCCUGAUACAAAUCAAGAACCCGGAGCAGCCAGGGAGUUCUCAGUUCAGAGGGCUUCAGAGCAAGCGCAAAGCAACGUUUCCAGCCCACCUGCAGGGCCAGUUCGGGCAGCGCCGGUUCCACCCGGCUGAUCCGCCGGACUUCCUGAACUACGAAGGGUGCGAGUUCUUACUGAUAGCAGCCUCAGAUGACAUAGAGGGGGAGCUGGGGGUGGAGCUGAGGGCGGAGGAGGGGGAGCCGGAGCCGGAGCCGGCUUGCUCCGACUUGGUGAAAACGUUUGGAGAGACUGCUUCCAUUGCGCCCCUUCUGAAGGGCACUUGGGCUUGAAGAAAUGGCAGUGGCUGCCAUGGUAGUGGAGCUUCCACUUUUUGUUAAUGGUCAUAUAUGUUAGGUAGGGGGUUAACCUCUGUGUGCGAUAUGUACGUAUGCAUCUGGAUGACUGUGAUGGCACCUCCACGGAGGUUUUAGUUAUAAAUGUGGUGGAUGUUUUGGUAAAAA